CGAAUUGGUACCAGUCCAAUGGGAGAGAGGAAUUUUGAGUAUAUGAAAAGGAUGAUAUACUCGUUGAGGGUUUGAUGCGACAGUGACAGUUUUUCCAGUGGCAGUCAGAAAGUAGCGUAGGUUCGUCUUGGGAUUACUUGAGCUUUCAGGAUGAGGUACUCCCUUUCUGACAAACGACACCCAAAUAUGGGAAGGAGAACCAGCGUCAUGGAGUCUCGACGUAAUCAAACUUUCAAGGCUGAAGGUUUGAGGCGAGCCAAACACUGCGGGAAGCAUCGGAUGACAUAUGAAAAGGUUUAUCGAUCGCGAGAUAUUCACGAGGUUAUGCGGUGCCCGAUUUGUCUAGGCAUCCUCCGAAACACACGCACUGUUAUGGAGUGUCUUCAUCGGUUUUGCAGAGAAUGCAUUGAUAAAGCUAUGCGACUUGGGAGAAAAGAAUGCCCUACAUGUCGCGCACAUUGCGCGAGCAGGAGGUCUUUGAGGGACGAUCCCCAAUUUGAUGCCCUUAUCGCUGCGAUGUUUCCGGACAUAGAGCAAAUUCGGGAAGAGGAAUCCACUUUGCUCGAGGAGACUCUUAUCAGCAACAGACAGACACAGGCGAAAAUUGAGGAAGCCUUCAAGCGCCAAUCUGAAGCAAUGGCAAGAUUCAAGAGACCUAAAUCAGUUGGUUCAAAAACACGAAUCGCCACAUAUUCGAAAGGAGCUGGAUGUGAAGAUGAGCGGUUCAGAGAUAUCUCUGCGGUUCCAGAUUUAAGCGAUGCUGGGGCUAAAUCGUCAAUCAGUACGAAUGUGAACAUACUCCAUCUAGCUAAUAAUGAGGCAGAUGUAGAAAUGGAGCCGUAUCAUGGUCUCAGGCUUUUAAGUGAGCUUGCCGAUCAGGAUGAAUUCUCUAGCCUCACACCCACUCCUUCAUUGAAACGGAUUGUGAUAAAGGACAUAGAUUCGGGUAUGUCAAAGAGCACAGAAGUUAGGAGUCAGAGUAAAAGGAAAGAAGACCGUCAGAGAAAGAAAUGCUCAUCAGUUUCUAAGUGCGGUGAAGAACUUGUAGUGAUGGGAGCGCCCUCUAAAGAGAAUCAAAGGGGGAAAGCCAUGGAGGUCUCGCCUACUCCAACAGAUGAUGGACUUCUGGGCAAUGGUGGUUCGAUUACUUUGCUUCAACUGGAUUGUGAUAGAAUGUGUGAUGAAUAUCAUGAUCAUGACAAGGAGAAUUGGACAGCAGAAGGAUCUCGAUCUCGGUACGAAAGUCGAAACGGCCGUGGAGGACCGAAAUUUGCUUAUGAGAGUGGAAUUUCUUCACGUAAAGAAGGUCAAACGCAAGCGAAGGUAGUGACGUGUGGGUCCACUGUGCAUGGAGAAAUUCCUAGUGUGAGGAGACCGCAUGCGAAAACCUCAACAAGGGAAAAAUUGUGCAGCCGAGCAUCAACACUUCUUAAUCACCUUGCUGCAAAAUCACGAAAAGAAAAAGAUGAUGAGUAUGUCAUUCACCUUCAGGUGAGACCUUUGGUGAACCUCUCCGAUGGUGAAGAUGUGCUCCUUGGCCUUGAAAAGCCAUAUCUUUGCUGUCCACCACAGAUGACAAUCCAGCAUCUCUGUAAGUAUGUGGCGAGCAAAGCUUUUGGGGAACGAGGAGGAAUGGUUGAACUCUUAAUUUCGACAUCGAGCCAUUCAAUAGGAGCUUCUUGGUUGAAGAGAGCUGAGAACAUGGAAGUACAGGUCCUAAAAGAGGAAUACACUUUGCACUAUGUACUGUCGAAGUUCUGUCAGGCACGAGGCGAUAUGAUUCUACUGUACCGAUGCGUGGAACUCAAUCAGCGUGAUAAGGCCCGGGCUAAUGGAGAGGUCCACGUUCAUGGACCCGGUCACUACAACAAUGGAGUAGAAUAGUUGCGAAAAGUCCUAUCCCCCGAUAGGACUUUUCGCAAUACAAGAGUGUAAAGAAGUAGAAUGUGUUGAUCUGGCCAAGUUGCUACACUAUCAAAAUGUCUCCAACUUUCCGUUAAUAUUGUUGGCUGAUCUCUGUAUCCACAUUCAUACAGACUAUUCGACAGAUUUCGUCAAUAUCAUAAUCCACAAUGAUACCAAAUCAACUCUGGUAAUUCGUCAAGCAAACUCCUACAGUUGCAGGACUGCCAAGUUGGCAGUGCCAACUCAACAAGA